AUGCUACCAGUCGCCUUGAUUGUAGGCUUGGGUCUCUUUCUUCUCUAUGUAGUCCGAACUCUCCAACAGUACUGGGCGUUGAGUGAGUUCAAGGGACCAUGGGUAGCAGGGUUCUCAAGGCUGUGGCUGCUAAGGGCCAAUGGCUCAGGAAAGAUGAAUCUCGCAUUUACAGAAGUGAAUGACAAAUAUGGACCGAUUGCUCGGGUGUCGCCCAACAUGCUCAUCACUACUGAUCCCGAGCUAUAUAAACGUAUGCACGCUGUGCGCAGUCCAUUUGUUCGAAGCGAAUGGUACACGGCCUUGCGACUGCAUCCCACGAGGGACAACAUCACAUCCGUGAUUGAUGAAGGAAUCCACGCAGACCUUCGAAACCGCAUGUCAACUGGUUACUCUGGCAAGGAGAAUCUUCAUAUGGAAGAUGAUGUCGAUUACCGCCUACUGCAACUCUUCGACCUCGUUGAAUCCAAGUAUGUUUCUUCGGAGAGAGACUAUCGUCCUGUCGACAUAUCUCGCCUCUACUCCUACUUCACUCUCGAUGUCAUCUCCAGCAUCGCUUUCGGACAAGAAUUCGGCUUCCUCAAACACGACGACGACCCCUUCGGCUACAUCGACAACCUCCAAGAAUUUCUUCCCGCCAUCAUCGUCUUCGGCGCAUACCCCGAACUCCAAAAGAUCCUUCGUCUGCCUCUGCUCAAACAUGUCAUGCCCAAAUCAACAGACAAACGCGGUUUAGGUCGCGUAAUGGGCUUCGCCAAAGAACGCGUAGACGAACGAUUCGGCGAGAAGCCAGUUGUGCGCCACGAUAUGCUGGGCUCAUUCAUCAAACGCGGGCUCACCCAAGAACAACUCGAAUCCGAAACUCUAACCCAAAUCACUGCUGGAAGCGAUAGCACGGCAUCUGCCAUACGCAUGACAUUGCACUUCAUCUCUACCACGCCACACGUGCAUGCACGCCUUGUGGCCGAGUUCAAGGAUGCAUUGGCGAGAGGAAAUGUGACUAGACCGGUGAUUCGCGAUGCAGAAGCCAAAGCAUUACCGUAUUUGCAGGCUUGUGUGAAAGAGGGACUGCGUAUGUAUCCGCCUGUCACGGGAUUGCUUGCCAAAGCCGUGCCGCCGGAAGGUGCGAUGAUCGAUGGUAGAUUCGUCAAGGGUGGUACCCAAAUCUCCUGGAACUCGUGGGGUAUGCAGCGUGACAAGGACAUCUAUGGCGUGGACCCAGAGAUCUUUAGACCAGAGCGAUGGCUAUUGCGCGAUGCGUCUGAGGCAGAGCAAAGACGCGUGGAGAAAAUGACAGAGACUGUAACGUUGGUAUUCGGAUACGGACGCUUCGGAUGCCUGGGAAGAGGAGUUGCGAUGAUGGAAUUGAACAAGGGUAUCAUCGAGGUAAGAUGA